AUGCAAGGUCCGCUCAUGAGGCCGUCAACGCAAACUGGCAAAGCAAUUGACGAGGGCCCGGGCAAAGCCGCCGGUGUCGUGCUAUUGCGGGUUGGAGAAGUCCCUGGCGUGGAUACAGAUCCCUCCACCGUCGAGGUAAAAGGUCCUGGGGAGAAAAUCGACACACUCCCAGUCGUGCCAGUGGCCACACAAGGCCCGUCCAUGUCUCCUCCGGUACAGAUUGGAAGGGCACCCGACGUGGCUUCGGCGGUUCUUGUUGCGUUGGUCCAAAUUGGACUGGUAGUUGGAGUUGAAGUCGAGGUACCAAGAGAGCCCGAUAAGAUACAAGGCUCGCUCAUUAAUCCUCCUGUGCACCACGGAAGCGCCGACGAGAUUGGGACACUGUUUUCAGAAGGCAAGCGUGACGAUGAGAGCGGAAGACUGUCCACUGUCGUCAUUACAGUCGAAUUCAAUGCCGAGGACGAUGUUGUUGACGGCCGCGUUGAGAUUGUUCCAGAGCCACUCAAAACGCAAGGGCCGCUCAUCUCUCCCCCGGUACAGACUGGCUGCACUUCCGACACCGAUGUGACCGGUGGCCUGUUGCUGGUCGUAGUCGUCUUGGUAGUGGCAGGCCCAGCACUUGAGCUUGACCCUCCCACCGGGGACACGAACGACGUGGAAAGGCCUGCUGUUCCGCUCACAAGACAUGGGCCGCUCAUCACACCUCCGGUGCAAAAUGGAAGAAGGCUCGAUAGAGAAGAUACUGCAGUCGGUGCAAGCAAGGAGGUGGCAUUUGUGGGAGAAAAUGAAGGCGACGAGGUGGACAUGGCCGCAGUGCCACUCACAAUACAAGGACCCUCCAUCACUCCGCCUGUACACCAAGGCAAAGCUACCGUGGAUGCCGAGCUCCGGUCACUUGUUGCUGUGGAUUUCCGAGUAGUGUUUACAGAUGUCAUCGGAGGCAUCAAUGUUGACAUGCCUGCCGUACCACUGAUGAGACAUGGUCCACUCAUCACUCCCCCAGUACAAAGACCGAGGGGGCUGGUUGUCGGGACGGAUGAAGUUGGAGAUGGCCUUGUAGACUCGACAGCUGAAGAUGCAGUAAAUGGGUGUGGUGUUGACGUGGAAAGUCCCAAUGAACCACUGAUAAGACAAGGCCCACUCAUUAUUCCCGUACACAUUGGAAGAGACUGGUCAGUUGGUGAUGAUCUAAACUCUGGACCAGUCGCUGAUAUCACGGAAGCAGUACUAUUCGUCCAAACAGGCAGCCUUGUUGAUGUGGGAACCCCUGAAGCCCCGGUAACCAGGCAGGGUCCUUCCAUGAUGCCACCAGUGCAAUAUGGGAGCGAAGCAGAUGUUGUAGUCAUGUUACUGCUGCUGCUGCUGCUGAGUGGUGGGACCCGGCAAGGCUCUGUCAUUGGGCCUCCGGUACAAAUUGGUAGUGACGAUGAAGAAGAAGUCGAGCUCAUUGUAGGCAGUGGGAUAACUCUGCAUGGCUCCGACAAAGGGCCACCAGUACAGAUUGGCAGAGUCGAGGAUGCAGCUGCUGUCGCCUCCGUUGCUGUCUGUAUGGGAGAUGAGGUAGACAGUGUCGGCAAUGAUGAGACAAGGCAAGGUCCCGUCAUCAGGCCGCCUGUGCACAUUGGUAACGGUGCGCUCACCGCGCAGGACCCCGUGGUGGCACCAGGUGUACAUGAAGGAGGAAAAGAAGUUCUCAACGCAUCAGUGGCAGAUGUUUCUCUUCCCAAUGCUGUUGAGGUUGUGUUGGGAGCACUUGCAUUGGACGAGCGAGAUGUGCUGAUUGCAUCUGACAACGGGGUCUCGAUGAGUAGCACGGUGCUGCCAAUGCAGGAUCCCGAGAGUAUUCCUCCCGUGCAAGCCGUGGGAGAUGUCGCUGAAGUGACUGUCGCAUUGGGAGUCACCGUAGAGCUCACAUUGGCUGUGGUGGCAGGACAAGAUCUCAACUCAGUGCCAGUGGCAUCCUUGAAACAUUUGUGCCAUGAACUGGUCCAAAAACCGAUGGUGCUCGUCCAUGCUCCAUCCUUUCCGCUAGUUGUGGAAAGAGACUCAGCUGCUGCGGGCGUAGCUACAGACACACUUCCCAGGCAUUGGCCAUCCGCUCCGCAGCCUACCGAAGUGUGUGGAGUCGUUAUUGAGGUAGACGAAGCUGUCCUUGCCUGUCGAGUACCGCCAACUGGAAGUGCAGCCCAUGUUGUAAACCCUGAUAGUGGUGCACUUACAGACGUGCUCUUUGCAGACAAAGCCUCACUUUUAGCGGCGUCCGUAGGAGUAGUGGCAGAAUUCUGA